AUGCAAACAUAACCAGAUCAAGAACGACUCAAUACACAGGCCAAUUAGAUAUAAGAACCGAUCUAAAAUAAGGCUCCCUUUUUCGAUUUAGAAUCUUCAGGGGAUGCAUUGGAAGAUGGAAGAGUGACUAAUCUAUAUUAUCAACGGAUGAUGGAUUUAAGUUUUUUUGUAUUCAAUUUUAUUGGGACUGGUUUAACUGUUAUUACAUUGGAAUUAAUUCAUUAUGAUGAAUAACCAGAAGCACGCUUGGUGAUUUUGUGGGUGAUAUUCAUAUCAAAUAUAAUAAUGAUGGGAUUGGCUGUAAUUAGGAAUCAAGUAAAACUGAAAUGGAGAGAGAGUAAAGGAGAUGUGUAUAGUGGAUUUACAAAGGAGCACGUAGAGUUGUUGAUGGAAAUUAUAAUUAUUGCUGCAUCUCCCCUACCUUUCUUAGAUAGUAUUAGUUUUUAUUUUACAAAUGAUUUUGUUGAUGGAGAUGUAUAUUAUUAUGCAAAUGAAUUGCUGUGUUUGACUCUGGCAUUUCGAGUAAUCUUCUUUAUUCGUACAACCUUAUUGAAUUCGUAUUGGCAUUCCAAUAGAACAGAUAGAGUCUGUAGUUUGUAUGCUAGUUAAGCUGAUUACAUGUUUACCAUAAAAUCUCUAAUGAGAAAUCAGCCAUUCACAGUUAAUUAUAGCGCUAUGAUUCUUCUGAUAUUUGUAUUUGGUUAUUGUCUAAGAAUAUGCGAGAGUCCCUUAAAUAGAAUCGAUGUUAGCAGUAACGAUUUUAGUAGUUAUGCUAAUUCCAUGUGGUGUGUCAUUGUUACAAGCACUACUUUGGGAUAUGGUGAUUAUUAUACAAGAACAUUAUUAGGACGUAUAGUAAUGAGUGUGGUUUGUAUAUUGGGUAACUUUGUUGUGUCAUCAAUGAUUGUGAUCAUCACAAAUGAGUCAUAUUUAACUACAUUGGAAAACAAGGUUGUCAUUCUCAUUGAUCGUUUGAGUUUAAAAAAACAAAUGUAAUAGGAGGCAGCAAUGAUUAUUACCAUAUUUGGUCGUAUGCAUUAUGCCAAAAGACAUCUUGAUUUGACAGAAGAUGAAUUCAUAAACAUGAGCAAAAAGAUGAAAAAAUACGCUAUUCAGUUAAAGUUAACCACUCGUAAAUAUGUUGCAGCCAGAGCUUUGGGAAGCUAAUUGGAAGAAAUCAAUAGUGGAUUUAAUUCACUUAAGGAAAAUCUUAAAUAGACAUCAUAGUUGUAGGAGGAAUUAAUAAAGGCAAACGAAAAUCUUAUUUAUAAGAUAGACAACAAAUGA